CCCCAUCUAAAAUACACUUUAAAAAGCCUCGAUUUGAAGCAACCCAAGAGAUCAAAGCAAAAAUUAAUGGAAAAAUCAGGCUCCUCCUUCAUCUUCCUAGCUUUCUUCCUCCUUCAAACACUGACCAAACAUGAAGCCACCAAAGUUCCAGCCAUCAUAGUAUUCGGAGAUUCCUCUGUAGAUUCAGGCAACAACAACCACAUCUCCACCGUUCUUAAGAGCAAUUUUCCUCCUUAUGGCCGUGAUUUCGACGGCGGAAAGCCCACCGGAAGAUUCUCCAACGGCAAGAUCAUUACAGACUUCAUCUCUCAAGCUUUUGGAAUCAAAACCACCAUCCCAGCCUACUUGGAUCCAAGCUUUAAUAUCACUGAUUUUGUCCACGGGGUUUGCUUUGCUUCCGCCGGAACCGGCUAUGAUAACGCCACUUCUGAUAUAUUUUCGGUGAUCCCUCUAUGGAAGCAACUCGAGUACUACAAAGAAUACCAAACCAAACUCCGAGACUAUCUUGGUGCUUCAAAGGGCAACGCCACCAUAGCUAAAUCUCUCUAUCUCAUCAGCUUAGGCACCAAUGACUUCCUCGAAAACUACUUCCUUCUUCCUCAGCGGUCGUCCAAGUUUUCCGUGGAAGAGUACCAGAGUUUUUUAGUGCGAGUGGCUGCGGAGUUUGUGCGGAAGUUAUACAAGCUCGGGGCGAGGAAGAUGUCGAUCGGGGGUCUCCCGCCGAUGGGAUGCCUUCCAUUGGAGAGGACCUCUAGCGUGGUUUUUGGAGGUGGUGGUGAGUGUGUUGAGAAGUACAAUGGAAUUGCAAAGGAUUUCAAUGGGAAGUUGAUGGGGUUGGUGGAGAUGUUGGAGAAAGAAUUGGGUGGGAUUCGGAUUGUGCUUUCGAAUCCCUUCGAUGUUCUUCAUGAUAUGAUUGAUCAUCCUAGCUACUUUGGGUUUAGCAACUCAGCAAAAGCAUGCUGUGGAACAGGCAGGUUUGAGAUGGGAUUCAUGUGCUCAAGAUUGAGUCCAUUUACAUGUGAUGAUGCCAACAAGUACGUGUUUUGGGAUGCCUUUCAUCCCACACAAAAGGCUCAUUCCAUUAUGGCAAAUCAUAUUGUUAAAACUUAUCUAUCAAUCUUUCUUUGAACAUAAAAACUUUGAUAAAUAAAUAA